UCGAAUCGUAGCAGCAAUGUUGUAAAUGUAAAUUAAAUUGUGUUUUUUGUUUGAAAAGUGAGGACAUUGAUAUUAGUGAUGCAGCCCGAAACUGAAAACGAAGAAUGUGUUAUAUUUCAGCAAUUGGACCUAUUUUCUCAAGGGUUUCCUAUUAUGGAAGAAAUUCGGCGGCAGGGUAAAUUAUGCGACGUGACGUUAAAGGUUGAUUCACAGUCCUACAGUGCCCACCGAAUUGUUCUUGCGGCUACUAUUCCCUAUUUCAAUGCGAUGUUUACACAUGAUAUGGUGGAAAGCAAGCAAAGAGAAAUAACUAUUCAAGGCAUUGACUCAUCGGCACUCGAGGCACUGGUUAAUUUUGCAUAUAGUGGAAGAGUUGUCAUUGACAGCAACAAUGUGCAGUCUUUAAUGGUUGGUGCAUCUUUCCUUGCCCUGCACAAAGUCAGAGAUGCAUGUGCUGACUUCUUAAAACGGCGGUUUCAUCCAAAUAAUGUUCUUGGUAUAAGAUCAUUUGCAGACACAUUAUGCUGCUCGCCACUUGUUGAAGCUGCAGACAAGUAUGUGCAACAGUAUUUCAAUGAUGUUUCUUUGUGUGAUGAAUUUCUAUCGUUAUCACAGAAUGAACUGAUUGAUAUUGUUAGAAGAGAUGAACUACAUGUUAUCUCAGAGGAACAGGUCUUUGAGGCUGUUAUGAGGUGGGUUAAGAGAGAUCCUGAAGGCCGCAAGAAAAAUUUGCCACAACUUCUUGCCAAAGUUCGUUUACCUCUUUUGCCUCCACACUACUUGGCUGACCGGGUGGCCACAGAAGAAUUAAUCAGAUCGUCUCAUGAAUGUCGUGAUCUUCUGGAUGAAGCAAGAGAUUAUCAUCUUAUGCCUGAGAGGAGAUCUCUUCUGCAAAGUUUUAGAAUAAAGCCACGUUGCUGCAACUAUGUUAUGGGCCACAUAUUUGCUGUUGGUGGUUUAACAAAAACAGGGGAUUCUCUAAGCACUGUCGAAGUAUUUGAUCCAAUUGUUGGCCGUUGGCAGCUAGCUGAAGCCAUGAGUAUGUUGCGUAGUAGAGUGGGUGUUGCUGUGAUGCGCAACAGGCUUUAUGCGUUUGGUGGGUACAAUGGCAGUGAACGAUUAUCCACUGUUGAAGUAUUUGAUCCGCAGAAACGUGUCUGGAAUAAAGUUUCACCAAUGCACUGCAGACGAAGUGCUGUUGGUGCAGCUGCAUUGAAUGACUGCUUAUAUGUUUGUGGAGGCUAUGAUGGUGUUACUUCACUGAAUACUGUGGAGUGUUAUUCCCCAGACAAAGAUGAGUGGACGAUGGUGCCAAAUAUGAUCAGACAUCGCAGUGCUGGUGGUGUAGUUGCAUUUGAGGGCUAUAUCUAUGCCCUUGGUGGUCAUGAUGGUCUCUCAAUAUUUGAUUCGGUGGAGAGGUACGAUCCACGAACUGGCCAGUGGACUUCUGUUUUACCAAUGCUUACAAGGCGUUGUCGGCUUGGAGUAGCAACACUAAAUGGAAAGCUUUAUGUGUGCGGUGGCUAUGAUGGCUCAACAUUUCUGCAGUCAGUGGAAAUGUAUGAUCCCAUUUUGAAUCAGUGGAAGUUUGUUGCACCAAUGAAUGUAAUGCGUAGUCGAGUUGCGUUGGUUGCGAACAUGGGUAAGCUGUGGGCAAUUGGAGGAUACGAUGGUGUUUCAAAUUUAUCUACAGUUGAAGUCUAUGACCCAAAUACAGAUUCAUGGUCAUUUGUAGCAUCAAUGUGUGCCCAUGAAGGAGGAGUCGGUGUGGGUGUCAUACCUAUAUGUAAAGACUGACAGCUGAGUGUCAAAAUUUACAGUUAAUUUGUUGAAAUGUUUAUUGUGGAUGGUGAUUGUGGCUUGGCUGACUUUUAUUUCAUCACACACGUUUCAUAACUGUUUUUUUGUAAAUAAUUUAUAUUCUUGUUGCAUUUUAUUUUUUGUUCUAUAUUUAAAGAAAUGUCAUUCUUGAUCUGAUAUGGAUAUUUGCUUUCACAGCGAACGAUCUCAGAUUUCAAAACUGUUAAGAACUAUAUCUGAAAUAAUAGUCCAGUGAUAAAAUGAAUAUGAUUGUCAUAUUUAAUUGGUUGAUAUGCCAAGAGAAUGAAUGUGAAACAAUUAAAAAUUGAGAUUAUUUUUAAAUGUUUGUUGUUAUUCUUAUUGCCAUGCAAAGUUUGCAUUUUUAAUGAUCAUAUUAUUAUCUACUUAAUAUUUUCUUCUUUUAAGUGGUACUGUGAUAAAACUAUAAAAACCACUCUAAUAGUAAAUUUUUAGCAGUUUUUUUAACUGCUACACUAAUAGUACUAAAGGAGGUCUUGAUUAUGGGAUUAUAGUUUGCAGAAUUAAAUUCAUUAAAAUGAUUUAAUUUCUUUGUAAUGGUAAGCUAUAGGGUAAUGUAAAUUAUGCUACUAUUCACUGCUAAUAUGGAACUCAGACUUUCCUGACUUAGUUUUCUGGAAGAGUAUGCUGUUACGUGGCAUCAUUUCUCAUGUAUUGACAUAAGACCUGCAGAUUCAAGCUGUGGCCAGAAGAAAAUUUUGGCUCUUGUUCUUUACUAAAAUUGAUUAACUUCUGCUGUUUGCAGUUCCACCAUUUACAAGCAAACAUACAAACAAUUAUGAAAAAUAAAAAUAUGCCAUUAUCUGUUGUUUGUAAUUUUCAUUAAUGGGAUUAAGCCAAACUAACUGUACAAGCAGUCUGAUACAGUUGUCUUAUAACAGUCAAUCUGUCUGGUAGUAACAGAAGCACUGUGUUGAUAAUAAGCUGUGGUUCUGAGAUAAACUGUUCCUCUCUCAUGAAUUUAGUCAUCAUCAACACUAAUACUGGCCAUUUAUGAACCUCUCCAAUUCAGAAUUUCCUCAGCUGUCUCAUUACGCUUACAAUCACAGAAAUUUCAGUACCCCAAUUACAUUCCCUUACCACAGCACAUCUUAAGGAGUAUGUUAAGAGAAAUCUGUCACAAUUAUUGAUAGCAUUAAUUAAUACCCUCCUCCAACCUCUCCCUCUCAGUGGGAGUGCCUGUGUGCAACUGUAUAUGCCCAAAUUUCUCUCUUUUUACUGCUUUUUGUAUUAUGAUUUGUUUUAUUCUUCCUUUGGAGUUUAUUGAACAUUUCUGUAAUAUCUUUGUACCUUUACAUUAAAUGGAGCACCAGUUGUACAGGCUCAUCGUUGAACUUUUAGUUUUUGUACUCAUCUUGUUCAUUAAGGCUGGUAAGUGAUGCUAAAGUAGAGGCUUCUCAAUUUUCUUUAAAGCUUCUUACAUACAAAAGCUUCUUCUCCUUAGUACACACCAAAUGAAACAAUCCUUUUAACUACUUCUCUACUGCUGGGUUCACAUGGCCAGGGUUUUUCAGUCGUCAUGCACAUAAAUUUGAAGAAUUGUGGCUCAACUUUGAUGCCCUGCAUAAGCAAUGAAGAAAUAUUUCAUUACUUUCCAGUAAUAUUAAGAAUGAACUGCCAGUUAGUGCUCCAAGAACUAAUUUUUCACAAAUAAUUCUGAGUAUCACAACAGUUUCCGUAAGUGAUCACUUCUUAAUUAUAACCUUGUUUCAUGAAUGAUGGCGGUUCACAUAGGUCAAGGCACAGAUGAGUAUUCCAGUGUUGUCAGUUCCAAACAGCAUUUGCAGUACUCGCAUACACGUGCUUUGUACUUGAAGAAAGCAUGAAUCUUGCAAAUUAUGUCUCUCACUUGCUCGUGCAGACUUUCUCACUUAUGCAGACUUUCUCACUUAUGCAGACUUUCUCACUUAUGCAGACUUUCUCACUUAUGCAGACUUUCUCACUUAUGCAGACUUUCUCACUUAUGCAGACUUUCUCACUUAUGCAGACUUUCUCACUUAUGCAGACUUUCUCACUUGUUGCCAACAUCUGCAAUGACAGCUCGCAACAAAUGGAAUAAAAAUUCACUAAACAAUUCACUACGAUAACAUUUGAUGCUUGCAUUGCUUAGACAUUCACAGCAGAGUGCUCAGAACAACACUGUAUGUUCAUUGGCUGUUGGAGAAUACAUGAAGGAGAUGUGCAGAAAUAGCCUAAACUCAACUGCCAUCAUUUGUAAAGCCAUCUGUAGUUUCAUCAUUUGCAAACAGUGUUGAAAAACUAAAUAAAAGUGGUUCAGCAAACACACCAGAGGUGUGUUGAAUUUCUGAUGUUGAUUCCAUAAUAAUGGGCUAUAUCUGAGAAAAGUAAUCUUUUCAGUUGCAUAUUCCUCUGAAUAUUUUUGAGCACGUAAUUAUAUUAAAUAUUAAAGUUUCAAGGUCAGAAGAAAUCUGGAUGUCAAGGGGUACAGCACCUAUAAUACUGCUCUUAUCUGUAACCUUUCACAUGUUGUGUUUUUAUUAUGCAACAUGGAGCCAUUUGGAUUGAAGUGUAUAGUGUGUUCACAAGGAGAUGAAUGAAUUAUGAGGGGGAGGGGGGUGAGAGAGGGGUCAUGGGAAGCAAGCCCCACCCACCAACUCCCAGCAAUUGGCUGACAAGGGAGAGGGGUUGGGUGGCGGGAACAAGCCACACUUACAUCUCACAGUGCUAACACUACACUUCUGCUCAUGUGUCAGUUUAUGCUCCAAGCGAUUGGACGGAAGCUCUUUAUUUUUGCUCUUCUGUCCCUUCCCCUUUUCAGAGGAGUGGAAAGAGUAUCUGGUGCUGCUCAUGAUGGGCCAGGAACCACUAAUCACUCUUUAAAAAAUCUAUUAAUUUGUAUGUAAUACAACACAGCACAACAAUCACUUUGCAAGGUUCUGUAUUAGAUUGCUGUGGCUGAACACGAAACAUGAGCAGGCCAAACUCAACCGAUUUCUGCCAAUUCAGAAGUGGGUAGUCCUCAUUCAUCUCUUUGUGAGCAAACUGUAUCAUUAAACUAUGCCCAGCUCUGUAUUCUGCAAGUCAUUUUGAAAUGUACGACUGAGAAAUAACUCCACUGUUACUGUGUUUAGAGUCAUGUGUCAGUUCCUGUUGUAAUGCUUGUAUGCUUGAACUAUAAUUUAAUUAUCCCCUUGUGUUCAUUAUUUGCAUGUAUGAUGUGAUGGCAGUUGGCAGCUGAGUAGCCUUACGUUACUUAUAAAUUAUUGAUUGUUAGAAUUUUUAAGGUAACAUAAUGUAAUAUUUAAUUUUAAUUUUCUGGUUCGCGUAUUGUCAUGAUUUUGAAGCUUUUGCACUUAUUGCAGUUUUCUCUGUACACCGUCUCUGAUAUACUGCAGUAACUGCACUCCUUUGUUUUCUUUUUACUGACUUUUAUCUUGAACUCCAGACAUUGGAAGGGAUGAGAAGAACACAUUUUGUUGCUCUUUCCUUCCGUUCCCUUCCUUAACAUACCUGAAAUUUUUGAAAAUAUUGUGCCUCUUAUUGAGUCACUGACUGUCACAGUCAUAAAGCAUCAUUUUAUGUAACGUGCUAUAGAUACCCAUAAGUGCAGAGCACUUUGGGCGGGAAUUACCGAGGCAUAAAUGGAAAACUGGUAAGUGCUUGAUUCUGUCCACAGUUUAUUGCUCCAUCUUCAAGAGAAACUGUGCUCUCCAUUUCUUGUUAUGGCAAUUAGUGCAUUCUGCAUCUGCUCUUUUCUUUAACCAGUGACAUUUCUUGACUAGCAUUGUAGUGCUUCCUUUAUAACAUGAUUAACAUGUAAAGGAACUGGCAGUGAUUCAGGCCUUAAAAAACUGGAGGAGUUGGUAUGAUAUAGAGCUGAUGUGAUGUCAUUAUAAUUUUUUCAUUUGUCUUACCUAGAAUUAUUGGUAGGAAGAGGAUUUGUUAUUUCUAAGAAUGUCCACUAUUGUGAUUCAGGAGGGUAGUUUAGCAAUGUAAUGUUGAGACUCUUUGUAUGAUUUCCUGUAAUGUUAAGAACAUGGCUGUGAGUAGCUGCUUCAGUAAUUUUUAGUUAGUGCACAUUAUUUACCCUGUACAUGAAGCAGAUGUGAACUAAAAGAUCAUUUCUUUGAAAGGAUGCAAGUGUUUCAAUACUGUAUUAUAUGAAUGGUUCUUAAAAAGUGCAAUCUGUUUUUACCACUUUUGAUGUUAAAUAUUGGAAUACAAAUUUGUUUUAUCCUGUUCAUCAAGAAGCAUACUAAAUAUUGUAAGAAAAUUAUUUACCUUAGAACUGAAAAAAAUGCUUUCUGUUGUAAAAACAAGAAAGAAUAUGAAAGAGGAAACAUUGAAAGACAAAUCAAAUGUAUUGUAAG